UGAAUUGGUACUAUUUGAAAACUCCAUAGAAAGCUUUGUCUAAAGCAAAGAAGUGAUGGAGUAUUGAGGUAAAAGGUGAGGGUGUAUUGAAGCCAUGGUGAGGCCUCCUUGUUGUGACAAAGUAGGCAUCAAGAAGGGUCCAUGGACACCAGAAGAGGAUAUCAUCCUUGUCUCUUACAUCCAAGAACAUGGCCCAGGAAAUUGGAGAUCAGUGCCAACUAAUACUGGGUUGUCAAGAUGCAGUAAAAGUUGCAGGCUUAGAUGGACGAACUACCUCAGGCCAGGAAUCAAGAGGGGGAACUUCACUACUCAAGAGGAAGGCAUGAUAAUUCAUUUGCAAGCUCUACUGGGUAACAAAUGGGCAGCCAUAGCUUGUUACCUUCCACAAAGAACAGACAACGAUAUAAAGAAUUAUUGGAACACUCAUCUAAAGAAGAAAUUGAAGAAUUUUCAAGGAGUGUUGGACCCCCACGUUGGAUCAGACACAACAACAACCACUGGUCACCAUGUAUCCAAGAUUUUUAAUGAUAGAUUAAAUCUCAAUAGCAACCAUGCCUCAUCUUCCACCUAUGCCUCAAGCAGUGAGAACAUCUCAAGACUCUUAGAGGGUUGGAUGAGAUCUUCUCCAAUGUCCAAAGGAACCCAAAACAUAGAGCAUCCAAGCUAUAAUGAUUGUGAAAACAAUAAACUAGUGAAGUCUUCAACUGUGCCUACUUUAAACAUAGAGUGCUGCUCCAACCAAACCAAAGAUGAGAAAGAGGGUGGAGAUAUAGUGCCACAUGAAGAGUUUGAUUCUAUUUUGUCAUUUGAGAACCAAAACAAUAAUGCUGCUUGGGACAAGUCCACUUGUGAUUCAAUGCCUGAAAGAGAUUCUGAAGAAUGUGCUGAAGAUAAGGUUCAAGUUAUGGCGGAUAAAAAUAGACAAAGAUUUGACAAUAUUAAUGCUCCUCCAUUGUCAAUUCUUGAGAAGUGGUUGUUGGAUGAAAAUGUUGCUCAGGUAGAGGAGAUUGUGGAACUGUCUCCAAUGUUCUAAGGGUGUAAUGCAAUCACCAAUCCCUAUGUUUGGGAUAUGACAACUCAAAACAUGAUUAGUUGAGGAAAAAAUAAAAUAAAAUAAGGAAAAUCCUUUACAAUA